AUGGAUUUUAACGUGACGCAUAAUGUCAGUGACAACAGUAGUUUUGACGGUCACCAAAUAUCCGAGAAUGUCCAUUCCCCAUGGAUCAAAGCAGCACAAGUUAUGAGAAGUGUUGUUAUUCCUGUGAUAGCUGGAGUCGGGUUGGUUGGAAACACUCUGUCACUGAUGGUGUUCUUGUCAAGACGUAUGAGAAAAUCACCUUGUUCUGUGUUCCAGGCGGCUCUGGCUAUAGUGGACAAUACUUUCUUGUUUGGUUUGCUGAUAACUUGGAUGGACGGAGAAUGCCAUGCUUUUCUUACAGUUGACUUGGCUUGCCAACUUCUGAUAUUCAUUACAUAUGUGACAAGUUUUCUGAGUGUUUGGUUUAUAGUAGGAUUCACAUGUGAACGGUUUCUUGCUAUUUAUUUUCCACUCAAAUGUAAAUACAUAUGUAACUCAUUUCGGCAAAAGGUAAUUGUAGUAGUUCUAACAUUAACAGCUAUUGUUUUGUACAUAUUCACUUUCUGGAUGUUUGAAAUGAAGCAGUGGAAUAGUUCCUUGAAAUGUAUGUUUAAAACCGAGCAUUAUAAAUUGUUGAACAUUGUAGUGUGGAUAGAUACGUUUUUGACAAUGGUUAUUCCAUUUAUACUAAUUACUGUGCUAAAUGCAUUGAUAGUAAGAGCUGUUUUCAACAGUCCAGAGAGACGAGAAAGUCUUUCUUUAAGAUCUUUAUCUUCUAACAGUUCUUCAAUGGAAUCAAACGAAAGAAGAAUCAGAACUCGGCAUCUUGAACAAAGAUCUUCACAACAGCCUUAUUCCUCCGCACUUCAGCGAAACGGUUUUGGACAUUUCGGACACAGAUCACAAAUACGAGUGACAAAAAGAUUACUUCUUGUUUCAUCCAUGUUCUUAUUACUGAACCUUCCCUCCCAUAUAAUGAGACUUCACAAUUUGAUUGUUUCUGCAACAUCAAACACUAUCACCAUCACUCCACGUUUUUUCUUUCUUCAAGAACUCACACUUAUGUGGUACUACACAACGUUCAGUUGCAAUUUCUUUUUGUACGUGCUUAAAGGAUACAACUUUAAAGAGACGUUAUUUCACGUUCUCCGCUGCCGAAAAAGCAAGGAAAGUUUCAGAAAGGAAAUGUUAUCAAAAUUUAAAUCAACCACUACAGGGAACCACGAAACGUUUCAUUAG